UGCUAGAGAUUGAGAGAACAAGAAGACCGACUAAACUUCAGCGAUACAGCGGAGGCCAAAAAAGGCGGCAACUUAACAUACAAACCAACUACCAAAACGAUAUCCUCACAAAUUAUACAUUGCUUGUGUAUGAUAAAGUGUUUCUCGGAGUGGGACUUUUUGCAGGUCAACAUGGUUGUGUCUGCGUGGACUAGUACAUGUACCAAGAAUGUUGUCCACCUGAGUGGACGAAUUCAAGGACAAAUGGGUGGGUAUAUCUGUGGUGUGACAUCCCAAGGACCAUCUAGUUCUUAUUGUUUUCAAUUGUGUAGUGGGAAUUCUAGGAAAGACCACCCUGGUCUGUCCAUCUCUCGGACAAUCUCUUGUUCAUCUACUGGUGGCUUGCAAAAGUUCCAGGCAAAUUGUUUUGUUCCUGCAUUCGCUAAACCUAGGUGCAAUUUACGGUCAUUAACCAUUAAGCGUUUCAUCAGUGCUAGAGGGUUUCAGAAGAGACACCUUGAAAUUUCAUUGGUGUGCCAAAGUAUUAACAUGAGGCUCUUGGUGCCAAAGCAAGGGGUGCUUCACAAAAUCAAGUGUAAUGCUGGACCUAUAAAUUGGCCGCAAGGAUGUGCUUCUGUUGGCUUAAUUUUUGGAUUAUUAGUUUGUUAUUCAAUUUCUAAACUUGUACAUGCGGAAGCAGCUGAUGAGAAAGAAAAUAACGAGGACUGCAAUUUGUCAUAUGUUAAAUGCUCCCAUGGGAAGAAAGUAUAUACUGACUACUCUGUUAUUGGCAUACCUGGAGAUGGCAGAUGCUUGUUCCGCUCUGUUGCUCAUGGAGCUUGUUUAAGAGAUGGAAAACCAGCUCCAACUGAGAGCCUUCAGAGAGAACUAGCGGAUGAGUUACGAGCCAGAGUUGCAGAUGAGUUUAUAAAGAGAAGAGAGGAGACAGAAUGGUUUAUUGAAGGUGAUUUUGACACAUAUGUUUCCCAAAUAAAGAAGCCACACGUUUGGGGAGGUGAGCCUGAAUUGUUCAUGGCUUCACAUGUUCUCCAAAUGCCAAUCACAGUGUACAUGUAUGAUAAGGAUGCUGGUGGUCUGAUAUCCAUUGCUGAGUAUGGGCAAGAAUACGGGCAGGAAAAUCCUAUCAGAGUUCUCUAUCAUGGAUCUGGCCACUAUGACGCUUUACAUAUUCCUGGAAAGAAGAGUGGCAGAUCAAAACUUUAAUUUUGAUAUUUGAUAGGAAGAGUAUGAAUAAGUGUAUACUAUUAGAAACUGUUAUAAAAGUUAGAGAGUGAAGUUGAAGUGGACAAAAUGUCGACAAGAAGCACAAAAACCAUCAGUAGUAAGCUAAAUUUCCAUGUUUUUGUGAAAUGAUAAAAUGCCCUUGACAACUUUUUCCACAGCAGCUAAGCAAGUCAACUGAGCGGACAGUAGGUUGACGAAUUAGUUGAUGGUUGAUAGUGCUUUUGUGAUUAAUGGCUAAAGUUGGGUUAGAACUUUGAUUUUAACCUUGGCGA